AGGUCAGGUUGGUACGCAAGUGGUCUUGUGAUCGAACAGCUGAAGAAGACGACGGGCACAAAAAGGAGCGAGAGUCUUGAUUUACGAAAAAGAUUUUUUUCCAUAUAAAUUGACACGGAAUUUCGUCAGUAAUCAUGGUGGACCGUGCGAAUAUCAAGCAGAUGAUACCGGCUCUGCCGGAUGAGAAAAUCGAUAUGCUGGCAGCUACAAGUAUGCUCCAGCAGCAGGCUGCUGACAUUAGGAACCAGCGAAUUAAUUGGCAGUCGUACUUGCAGUCGCAAAUGAUAUCAAAAGAAGACUAUGAUUUCAUAGCAACCUUUGACACAAGUGAUGCUAAGACAAGAGAAAACAAGUUAAAAGAGAAUCCACAUCAGGCAGCUAAAACCUUCCUUAAUUUACUUGGACAUGUCUCCAAGGAUCAGACCAUUCAGUAUCUUCUCACAAUGAUCGAUGAUAUGUUGCAGGAAGAUCGUAGUCGUGUGGAAAUCUUCCGUGAACAUUCCACGCGAAAACGGGAAUCUGUUUGGGGACCAUUCCUAAAUCUGUUGAACAGGCAGGACGGCUUCAUAAUGAAUAUGACGUCGCGCAUUAUAGCUAAAUUAGCUUGCUGGAGUCACGAUCUCAUGGAGAAAACUGACCUGCAAUUUUACCUGACGUGGCUCAAGGAUCAGCUAAAGCUUAGCUUUGAUGCCCUGCAGGAAACAAGCUUGCAUGCGGGACUAGAACAAGACAUUGCCGUGGAGCAGGCCAAGGAGGCCGCUGACAUGCUGCACGAAUUACUCAACCCGAACAAUGAUUACAUUCAGUCGGUGGCGCGAUGUCUUCAAAUGAUGCUCCGUAUCGACGAGUACCGCUUUUCUUUCGUAUCCGUCGACGGGAUCUCGACUCUUCUCAGCGUUCUGUCUGGAAGAGUGAACUUUCAAGUGCAAUAUCAGCUCAUUUUCUGCCUGUGGGUCCUCACUUUCAACCCGUUAUUGGCAGAGAAGAUGAACAAAUUCAACGUUAUUCCCAUUCUCGCCGAUAUACUGAGCGACUCUGUCAAGGAGAAAGUAACGCGCAUUAUACUUGCCGUAUUUAGAAAUUUGAUCGAGAAAGUCGAAGAUGGACAAGUCGCCAAGGAGCACUGCAUCGCCAUGGUACAGUGUAAAGUGUUGAAGCAGCUCUCGAUAUUGAGCCAGCGGAAAUUCGACGACGAAGAUAUUACCGCGGACAUCGAAUUCCUUAACGACAAGCUGCAAGCAUCUGUGCAAGACCUGAGUUCGUUCGAUGAGUAUUCAACAGAGGUGAAAUCCGGUCGCUUAGAAUGGUCUCCUGUUCACAAGUCGGGCAAAUUCUGGCGCGAGAACGCUAGUCGUCUCAACGAGAAGAACUAUGAGCUCUUGCGGAUCCUAAUUCACCUGCUGGAUACUAGCAAAGAUCCACUUGUCCUUAGCGUUGCCAGCUUUGACAUAGGCGAAUAUGUGCGUCACUAUCCACGUGGAAAGCACAUAAUCGAACAACUCGGCGGUAAGCAACGGGUAAUGCAGCUUCUCGGACAUGAAGAUCCUAACGUCAGAUACGAGGCUCUCCUCGCGGUUCAAAAGCUCAUGGUGCAUAAUUGGGAAUACCUCGGCAAGCAGUUGGAGAAAGAGCAGACAAACGCAUCCGGACCACCCACCAACAAGUCUGGAGCACAAGUGCCAGCAAAAGCCUGAACGCACUCACAUAACUUGUACAAAACUUGCGGAUUUGGUUUGAGAAGUACAAGAGUAUUAUAAUUCACGUAUCUCGUAAUAUAAUCCGCUUGCAUGACGCGCGUAUAAUUCAAAAUAGUUACAUUCCCUUCUAUUUUGUUAUAUUAUUAAAAAAAGGAAGACCUAAUUGGCUAUAUUCUUUUCUUGUGCAAUCUAAUUUUGUAACAUAACUGUUGAAUUAUGUAUAUAGAAAUUUGCGUAGGCACGAGCGCCUAUUGUUUAUGUUACGGGUGUGAGAUAAAUGUACGUGCGUCAGUGGAACAAACGUCUCCAUAAUACAUGUAAAUCCGUUUAGAUGUAUAAAUAGAAAUCUGUUCUUUGAAAUGUUAGACAAUAUGAAAAUAAAAUGUUAUUCUCUAUUGA